AUGGGAAAGAGCGGCCUGGGACAGGGCGGCAUGGGAAGGAGCAGUGGGACGGGGGGGCAUGGGAAGGAGCAGUGGGACGGGGGGGCAUGGGAAGGAGCAGUGGGACGGGGGGGCAUGGGAAGGAGCAGUGGGACGGGGGGGCAUGGGAAGGAGCAGUGGGACGGGGGGGCAUGGGAAGGAGCAGUGGGACGGGGGGGCAUGGGAAGGAGCAGUGGGACGGGGGGGCAUGGGAAGGAGCAGUGGGACGGGGGGGCAUGGGAAGGAGCAGUGGGACGGGGGGGCAUGGGAAGGAGCAGUGGGACGGGGGGGCAUGGGAAGGAGCAGUGGGACGGGGGGGCAUGGGAAGGAGCAGUGGGACGGGGCGGCAUGGGAAGGAGCAGUGGGACGGGGGGGCAUGGGAAGGAGCAGUGGGACGGGGGGGCAUGGGAAGGAGCAGUGGGACGGGGGGGCAUGGGAAGGAGCAGUGGGACGGGGGGGCAUGGGAAGGAGCAGUGGGACGGGGGGGCAUGGGAAGGAGCAGUGGGACGGGGGGGCAUGGGAAGGAGCAGUGGGACGGGGGGCAUGGGAAGGAGCAGUGGGACGGGGGGGCAUGGGAAGGAGCAGUGGGACGGGGGGGCAUGGGAAGGAGCAGUGGGACGGGGGGGCAUGGGAAGGAGCAGUGGGACGGGGGGGCAUGGGAAGGAGCAGUGGGACGGGGGGGCAUGGGAAGGAGCAGUGGGACGAGGGGGCAUGGGAAGGAGCAGUGGGACGGGGGGGCAUGGGAAGGAGCAGUGGGACGGGGAGGCAUGGGAAGGAGCAGUGGGACGGGGGGGCAUGGGAAGGAGCAGUGGGACGGGGGGGCAUGGGAAGGAGCAGUGGGACGGGGGGGCAUGGGAAGGAGCAGUGGGACGGGGAGGCAUGGGAAGGAGCAGUGGGACGGGGGGGCACGGGAAGGAGCAGUGGGACGGGGGGGCACGGGAAGGAGCAGUGGGACGGGGGGGCACGGGAAGGAGCAGUGGGACGGGGGGGCACGGGAAGGAGCAGUGGGACGGGGGGGCACGGGAAGGAGCAGUGGGACGGGGGGGCACGGGAAGGAGCAGUGGGACGGGGCGGCAUGGGAAGGAGCAGUGGGACGGGGCGGCAUGGGAAGGAGCAGUGGGACGGGGGGGCAUGGGAAGGAGCAGUGGGACGGGGGGGCAUGGGAAGGAGCAGUGGGACGGGGGGGCAUGGGAAGGAGCAGUGGGACGGGGGGGCAUGGGAAGGAGCAGUGGGACGGGGGGGCAUGGGAAGGAGCAGUGGGACGGGGGGGCAUGGGAAGGAGCAGUGGGACGGGGGGGCAUGGGAAGGAGCAGUGGGACGGGGGGGCAUGGGAAGGAGCAGUGGGACGGGGGGGCAUGGGAAGGAGCAGUGGGACGGGGGGGCAUGGGAAGGAGCAGUGGGACGGGGGGGCAUGGGAAGGAGCAGUGGGACGGGGGGGCAUGGGAAGGAGCAGUGGGACGGGGGGGCAUGGGAAGGAGCAGUGGGACGGGGGGGCAUGGGAAGGAGCAGUGGGACGGGGGGGCAUGGGAAGGAGCAGUGGGACGGGGGGGCAUGGGAAGGAGCAGUGGGACGGGGGGGCAUGGGAAGGAGCAGUGGGACGGGGGGGCAUGGGAAGGAGCAGUGGGACGGGGGGGCAUGGGAAGGAGCAGUGGGACGGGGGGGCAUGGGAAGGAGCAGUGGGACGGGGGGGCAUGGGAAGGAGCAGUGGGACGGGGGGGCAUGGGAAGGAGCAGUGGGACGGGGAGGCAUGGGAAGGAGCAGUGGGACGGGGGGGCAUGGGAAGGAGCAGUGGGGGGCAUGGGAAGGAGCAGUGGGACGGGGGGGCAUGGGAAGGAGCAGUGGGACGGGGGGGCAUGGGAAGGAGCAGUGGGACGGGGGGGCAUGGGAAGGAGCAGUGGGACGGGGGGGCAUGGGAAGGAGCAGUGGGACGGGGAGGCAUGGGAAGGAGCAGUGGGACGGGGAGGCAUGGGAUGGAGCAGUGGGACGGGGGGGCAUGGGAAGGAGCAGUGGGACGGGGGGGCAUGGGAAGGAGCAGUGGGACGGGGGGGCAUGGGAAGGAGCAGUGGGACGGGGGGGCAUGGGAAGGAGCAGUGGGACGGGGGGGCAUGGGAAGGAGCAGUGGGACGGGGGGGCAUGGGAAGGAGCAGUGGGACGGGGGGGCAUGGGAAGGAGCAGUGGGACGGGGGGGCAUGGGAAGGAGCAGUGGGACGGGGGGGCAUGGGAAGGAGCAGUGGGACAGGGCGGCAUGGGAAGGAGCAGUGGGACGGGGGGGCAUGGGAAGGAGCAGUGGGACGGGGGGGCAUGGGAAGGAGCAGUGGGACGGGGGGGCAUGGGAAGGAGCAGUGGGACGGGGGGGCAUGGGAAGGAGCAGUGGGACGGGGGGGCAUGGGAAGGAGCAGUGGGACGGGGGGGCAUGGGAAGGAGCAGUGGGACGGGGGGGCAUGGGAAGGAGCAGUGGGACGGGGGGGCAUGGGAAGGAGCAGUGGGACGGGGAGGCAUGGGAAGGAGCAGUGGGACGGGGGGGCAUGGGAAGGAGCAGUGGGACGGGGGGGCAUGGGAAGGAGCAGUGGGACGGGGGGGCAUGGGAAGGAGCAGUGGGACGGGGGGGCAUGGGAAGGAGCAGUGGGACGGGGGGGCAUGGGAAGGAGCAGUUGGACAGGGCGGCAUGGGAAGGAGCAGUGGGACGGGGGGGCAUGGGAAGGAGCAGUGGGACGGGGGGGCAUGGGAAGGAGCAGUGGGACGGGGGGGCAUGGGAAGGAGCAGUGGGACGGGGGGGCAUGGGAAGGAGCAGUGGGACGGGGGGGCAUGGGAAGGAGCAGUGGGACGGGGGGGCAUGGGAAGGAGCAGUGGGACGGGGAGGCAUGGGAAGGAGCAGUGGGACGGGGGGGCAUGGGAAGGAGCAGUGGGACGGGGGGGCAUGGGAAGGAGCAGUGGGACGGGGGGGCAUGGGAAGGAGCAGUGGGACGGGGGGGCAUGGGAAGGAGCAGUGGGACGGGGGGGCAUGGGAAGGAGCAGUGGGACGGGGGGGCAUGGGAAGGAGCAGUGGGACGGGGGGGCAUGGGAAGGAGCAGUGGGACGGGGGGGCAUGGGAAGGAGCAGUGGGACGGGGGGGCAUGGGAAGGAGCAGUGGGACGGGGAGGCAUGGGAAGGAGCAGUGGGACGGGGGGGCAUGGGAAGGAGCAGUGGGACGGGGGGGCAUGGGAAGGAGCAGUGGGACGGGGGGGCAUGGGAAGGAGCAGUGGGACGGGGGGGCAUGGGAAGGAGCAGUGGGACAGGGCGGCAUGGGAAGGAGCAGUGGGACAGGGCGGCAUGGGAAGGAGCAGUGGGACGGGGGGGCAUGGGAAGGAGCAGUGGGACGGGGGGGCAUGGGAAGGAGCAGUGGGACGGGGGGGCAUGGGAAGGAGCAGUGGGACGGGGGGGCAUGGGAAGGAGCAGUGGGACGGGGGGGCAUGGGAAGGAGCAGUGGGACGGGGGGGCAUGGGAAGGAGCAGUGGGACGGGGGGGCAUGGGAAGGAGCAGUGGGACGGGGAGGCAUGGGAAGGAGCAGUGGGACGGGGGGGCAUGGGAAGGAGCAGUGGGACGGGGGGGCAUGGGAAGGAGCAGUGGGACGGGGGGGCAUGGGAAGGAGCAGUGGGACGGGGAGGCAUGGGAAGGAGCAGUGGGACGGGGGGGCAUGGGAAGGAGCAGUGGGACGGGGGGGCAUGGGAAGGAGCAGUGGGACGGGGGGGCAUGGGAAGGAGCAGUGGGACGGGGGGGCAUGGGAAGGAGCAGUGGGACGGGGGGGCAUGGGAAGGAGCAGUGGGACGGGGGGGCAUGGGAAGGAGCAGUGGGACGGGGGGGCAUGGGAAGGAGCAGUGGGACGGGGGGGCGUGGGAAGGAGCAGUGGGACGGGGGGGCAUGGGAAGGAGCAGUGGGACCGGGCGGCAUGGGAAGGAGCAGUGGGACGGGGGGGCAUGGGAAGGAGCAGUGGGACGGGGGGGCAUGGGAAGGAGCAGUGGGACGGGGGGGCAUGGGAAGGAGCAGUGGGACGGGGGGGCAUGGGAAGGAGCAGUGGGACGGGGGGGCAUGGGAAGGAGCAGUGGGACGGGGGGGCAUGGGAAGGAGCAGUGGGACGGGGGGGCAUGGGAAGGAGCAGUGGGACGGGGGGGCAUGGGAAGGAGCAGUGGGACGGGGGGGCAUGGGAAGGAGCAGUGGGACGGGGGGGCAUGGGAAGGAGCAGUUGGAAAGGGCGGCAUGGGAAGGAGCAGUGGGACGGGGGGGCAUGGGAAGGAGCAGUGGGACGGGGGGGCAUGGGAAGGAGCAGUUGGACAGGGCGGCAUGGGAAGGAGCAGUGGGACGGGGGGGCAUGGGAAGGAGCAGUGGGACGGGGGGGCAUGGGAAGGAGCAGUGGGACGGGGGGGCAUGGGAAGGAGCAGUGGGACGGGGGGGCAUGGGAAGGAGCAGUGGGACGGGGGGGCAUGGGAAGGAGCAGUGGGACGGGGGGGCAUGGGAAGGAGCAGUGGGACGGGGAGGCAUGGGAAGGAGCAGUGGGACGGGGGGGCAUGGGAAGGAGCAGUGGGACGGGGGGGCAUGGGAAGGAGCAGUGGGACGGGGGGGCAUGGGAAGGAGCAGUGGGACGGGGGGGCAUGGGAAGGAGCAGUGGGACGGGGGGGCAUGGGAAGGAGCAGUGGGACGGGGGGGCAUGGGAAGGAGCAGUGGGACGGGGGGGCAUGGGAAGGAGCAGUGGGACGGGGGGGCAUGGGAAGGAGCAGUGGGACGGGGGGGCAUGGGAAGGAGCAGUGGGACGGGGAGGCAUGGGAAGGAGCAGUGGGACGGGGGGGCAUGGGAAGGAGCAGUGGGACGGGGGGGCAUGGGAAGGAGCAGUGGGACGGGGGGGCAUGGGAAGGAGCAGUGGGACGGGGGGGCAUGGGAAGGAGCAGUGGGACAGGGCGGCAUGGGAAGGAGCAGUGGGACAGGGCGGCAUGGGAAGGAGCAGUGGGACGGGGGGGCAUGGGAAGGAGCAGUGGGACGGGGGGGCAUGGGAAGGAGCAGUGGGACGGGGGGGCAUGGGAAGGAGCAGUGGGACGGGGGGGCAUGGGAAGGAGCAGUGGGACGGGGGGGCAUGGGAAGGAGCAGUGGGACGGGGGGGCAUGGGAAGGAGCAGUGGGACGGGGGGGCAUGGGAAGGAGCAGUGGGACGGGGAGGCAUGGGAAGGAGCAGUGGGACGGGGGGGCAUGGGAAGGAGCAGUGGGACGGGGGGGCAUGGGAAGGAGCAGUGGGACGGGGGGGCAUGGGAAGGAGCAGUGGGACGGGGGGGCAUGGGAAGGAGCAGUGGGACGGGGUGGCAUGGGAAGGAGCAGUGGGACGGGGGGGCAUGGGAAGGAGCAGUGGGACGGGGGGGCAUGGGAAGGAGCAGUGGGACGGGGGGGCGUGGGAAGGAGCAGUGGGACGGGGGGGCAUGGGAAGGAGCAGUGGGACCGGGCGGCAUGGGAAGGAGCAGUGGGACGGGGGGGCAUGGGAAGGAGCAGUGGGACGGGGGGGCAUGGGAAGGAGCAGUGGGACGGGGGGGCAUGGGAAGGAGCAGUGGGACGGGGGGGCAUGGGAAGGAGCAGUGGGACGGGGGGGCAUGGGAAGGAGCAGUGGGACGGGGGGGCAUGGGAAGGAGCAGUGGGACGGGGGGGCAUGGGAAGGAGCAGUGGGACGGGGGGGCAUGGGAAGGAGCAGUGGGACGGGGGGGCAUGGGAAGGAGCAGUGGGACGGGGGGGCAUGGGAAGGAGCAGUGGGACGGGGGGGCAUGGGAAGGAGCAGUGGGACGGGGGGGCAUGGGAAGGAGCAGUGGGACGGGGCGGCAUGGGAAGGAGCAGUGGGACGGGGGGGCAUGGGAAGGAGCAGUGGGACGGGGGGGCAUGGGAAGGAGCAGUGGGACAGGGCGGCAUGGGAAGGAGCAGUGGGACGGGGGGGCAUGGGAAGGAGCAGUGGGACGGGGGGGCAUGGGAAGGAGCAGUGGGACGGGGGGGCAUGGGAAGGAGCAGUGGGACGGGGUGUCAUGGGAAGGAGCAGUGGGACGGGGGGGCAUGGGAAGGAGCAGUGGGACGGGGGGGCAUGGGAAGGAGCAGUGGGACGGGGGGGCAUGGGAAGGAGCAGUGGGACGGGGGGGCAUGGGAAGGAGCAGUGGGACGGGGGGGCAUGGGAAGGAGCAGUGGGACGGGGGGGCAUGGGAAGGAGCAGUGGGACGGGGGGCCAUGGGAAGGAGCAGUGGGACGGGGGGGCAUGGGAAGGAGCAGUGGGACGGGGGGCCAUGGGAAGGAGCAGUGGGACGGGGAGGCAUGGGAAGGAGCAGUGGGACGGGGGGGCAUGGGAAGGAGCAGUGGGACGGGGGGGCAUGGGAAGGAGCAGUGGGACGGGGGGGCAUGGGAAGGAGCAGUGGGACGGGGGGGCAUGGGAAGGAGCAGUGGGACGGGGGGGCAUGGGAAGGAGCAGUGGGACGGGGGGGCAUGGGAAGGAGCAGUGGGACGGGGGGGCAUGGGAAGGAGCAGUGGGACGGGGGGGCAUGGGAAGGAGCAGUGGGACGGGGGGGCAUGGGAAGGAGCAGUGGGACGGGGGGGCAUGGGAAGGAGCAGUGGGACGGGGGGGCAUGGGAAGGAGCAGUGGGACGGGGGGGCAUGGGAAGGAGCAGUGGGACGGGGGGGCAUGGGAAGGAGCAGUGGGACGGGGGGGCAUGGGAAGGAGCAGUGGGACGGGGGGGCAUGGGAAGGAGCAGUGGGACGGGGGGGCAUGGGAAGGAGCAGUGGGACGGGGGGGCAUGGGAAGGAGCAGUGGGACGGGGGGGCAUGGGAAGGAGCAGUGGGACGGGGGGGCAUGGGAAGGAGCAGUGGGACGGGGGGGCAUGGGAAGGAGCAGUGGGACGGGGGGGCAUGGGAAGGAGCAGUGGGACGGGGGGGCAUGGGAAGGAGCAGUGGGACGGGGGGGCAUGGGAAGGAGCAGUGGGACGGGGGGGCAUGGGAAGGAGCAGUGGGACGGGGGGGCAUGGGAAGGAGCAGUGGGACGGGGGGGCAUGGGAAGGAGCAGUGGGACGGGGGGGCAUGGGAAGGAGCAGUGGGACGGGGGGGCAUGGGAAGGAGCAGUGGGACGGGGGGGCAUGGGAAGGAGCAGUGGGACGGGGGGGCAUGGGAAGGAGCAGUGGGACGGGGGGGCAUGGGAAGGAGCAGUGGGACGGGGGGGCAUGGGAAGGAGCAGUGGGACGGGGGGGCAUGGGAAGGAGCAGUGGGACGGGGGGGCAUGGGAAGGAGCAGUGGGACGGGGGGGCAUGGGAAGGAGCAGUGGGACGGGGGGGCAUGGGAAGGAGCAGUGGGACGGGGGGGCAUGGGAAGGAGCAGUGGGACGGGGGGGCAUGGGAAGGAGCAGUGGGACGGGGGGGCAUGGGAAGGAGCAGUGGGACGGGGGGGCAUGGGAAGGAGCAGUGGGACGGGGGGGCAUGGGAAGGAGCAGUGGGACGGGGGGGCAUGGGAAGGAGCAGUGGGACGGGGGGGCAUGGGAAGGAGCAGUGGGACGGGGGGGCAUGGGAAGGAGCAGUGGGACGGGGGGGCAUGGGAAGGAGCAGUGGGACGGGGGGGCAUGGGAAGGAGCAGUGGGACGGGGGGGCAUGGGAAGGAGCAGUGGGACGGGGGGGCAUGGGAAGGAGCAGUGGGACGGGGGGGCAUGGGAAGGAGCAGUGGGACGGGGGGGCAUGGGAAGGAGCAGUGGGACGGGGGGGCAUGGGAAGAAGCAGUGGGACGGGGGGCCAUGGGAAGGAGCAGCGUGAGAGAGGUCGAAUGGAUUCAGCAGGUGGGGCGUGUGGGGCAGCUAGUCGGCCUGCUGUGCUACACCUAUCAGCAUCAUUAG